AUCAUUCAAAGCUUGACUAUCAUAAGCAAUCAUGUUCUCCAAAUUGAUAGCUCUUUGCGCUGCUGUGGCGGUGUCCUCGGCCGGACUCCUGCCCACUGCUGUACACUACUCCCCCGCCGCCGCUGUCUCCUCGCAGAGCAUCGUACGUCACGACGAGCACGCUGCUCCUAUCGCUAAGGUUGCCGUCGCUGCCCCAGUCGCCUACCACGCCGCUCCCGCCAUCUCCUACCGCGCCGCCCCUGCUGCCGUUACCUACCACGCAGCUCCCGCUGUCGCUUACCACGCUGCUCCCGCCGCCGUAGCCUACCACACUGCUCCAGUUACCAAGGUUAUUGCCCAACAUGAGGAAAUCGCCUACCCCAAAUACGAGUACGCUUACUCUGUAGCCGACGGACACACCGGUGACAACAAGCAACAGCAAGAGAUCCGCGACGGCGAUGUCGUAAAGGGCUCCUACUCUUUCCACGAGGCCGACGGCUCCAUCAGAACUGUGGAAUACUCCGCUGACGACCACAACGGUUUCAACGCCGUAGUACACAACACAGCUGCCAAAGUAGCUCCCGCUAUCAUCAAGGCCGCCCCCGUCGUAGUCAAGUCCCCAGUCUACGCCACCCCUGCUCUUCAGUAUUACCACCACUAAGCUACUGCUUAAUUUGUAGAUGUACCAAAUGAUUAUUUGUAUUUAUUAAUGAAAUAAACAAAUAAGUUUAAUAGUAUAAA